CAAGCGUAACGACAUUUGCUAUAAAGAUGGUCCUCUUCUGAAGACAUAUCCAGAAGCGUUGGACUGCAAGGUGACUCUUCAGAGCAGAGAUGUCCUCUUCAACUCUCCUGUUAGUCUUUGCGUUAUUUCUAAUUUGCUGCGUGCAUCAGACAGAAGCACAACGUGGCACAGUAUGCGUCGUCCUAUCAACAGGCAACACUAACGAAGACGCGGGUCCAAUCGUGUUCAAUCUCGAACGAAAACUAGGCACAGAGGGAAAUUGUACUGUCAAUUACGAACUCAUCGACGAAACAAUACAACCUAAUGACAUAGUGGCAGCAAGAGAGGGAAAUGUCACUUUUCUGAAUGGACAGACAAUGGCGACUGUCGAAGUUCAAAUAAAUGACGACGAUGAACCGGAAGACGCCGAACAGUUCCGUAUCAUUCUUAGUGGUGAUUCCAUUGGUGCCGUAACUAGUACUUCUGCAAUCAUCGCGGAUAAUGAUUUUUAUUCCCCUUGGGGUCAAUGGGUCGGUGACUGCAGUGUGACGUGUGGUCCAGCGAACAAGACAGAAACGAGGAAUAGGACUUGCAUUGCAGUACGAGUCAGUCGAUGUAAAGAGGCACUCACCGACAGCCGAAUUGUGGAUUGUAACCUUCCUGGAUGCCCAACUGGAUGGUCGCAAUGGGGCAGCUGGACAAAGGUCGGGCGAUGCAGAAGAUGCAGACAGAGAUUUCUGCGUCGACGCAGGUGUCUUGUGAGGAGAUGCAGGGGUCCCAGACGACAAGGGAUAACGAGAACGUGCGACACACCAGGGUGUCCCCGGAGUUUCUAGACGCAACUACGAAACUACUCUGGCGCUAUUUCCGCUGAUGCGUUUCAAAUAAAAUUGCAACUUA